AUGGCGUCCUGCCCUAGGAUCUUGUACCGCCUUUUUCCGGCCGCGGCGGCGCUGCGUUCCGAUUGGUGGAGGGGAAGGCGUCUGUAUGACGACCCGCCCACUCGCCGGGUGCGCGUGGAGGCCGGGCUGUGGGCGGUGGCGCGUUGGCCGGCGGGGGCCGCUCCCAUUGGUCGGCGGGGGGCGUCACGUGGCGGCGGCGCCGUGUGGCGCGAAGGCGGAAGCGGUCCGCGUCGGUUCCUCGCGGCGCCGGUGGCGGAAGCGUCGCCAUUUGCCGGCGGCGGGCGUGAGGAGCGGGCGGCCGGCGGGAUCAUGCCGGGGGCGCGGCGCUCGUUGGCUUCCCCGGUGGUGAGCGGCGUGCUGUGCCCCUGUGGCUCCCCGCGGGCCGCCGCCACGCCCGGUCCUGGCGCCGAAGGGAGCGGCGGCGGCGGGUCCUGCGGAAGAGCGGUGUGCGAGGCUUCCGAGCAGGAUCGGCGGCUCCGCGCCCUGUUCCAGAAGUUGGACGUGAACCGCGACGGCGCGCUCUGCAUCCACGACCUGGCCGUGGGGCUGGGCCGCCUCGGGCUGCACCGCACCGAGCUGGACCUGCUGAAAAUUGUGAAGGCUGGAGACAAGGACCUGGAUGGCCAGCUGGACUUUGAGGAGUUCGUUCACUAUCUCCAGGAUCACGAAAAGAAGCUAAGGCUGGUCUUCAAGAGCUUGGAUAAGAAGAAUGAUGGCCGUAUCGAUGCCCAGGAGAUCGUACAGUCUCUUCGGGACCUGGGAGUCAAGAUUUCUGAACAGCAGGCUGAAAAAAUCCUGAAGAGCAUGGACAAGAAUGGGACGAUGACAAUUGACUGGAACGAGUGGCGAGAUUAUCACCUGCUGCACCCCGUGGAGAACAUUCCUGAGAUCAUCCUGUACUGGAAGCACUCCACGAUCUUUGAUGUGGGAGAGAAUUUGACUGUCCCUGAUGAGUUCACAGUGGAAGAGAGGCAGACAGGGAUGUGGUGGAGACAUCUGGUUGCAGGUGGGGGUGCAGGUGCCGUGUCCAGAACCUGUACAGCUCCCCUGGAUCGCUUGAAGGUGCUCAUGCAGGUCCAUGCCUCCCGCAGUAACAACAUGUGCAUCAUUGGUGGCUUUACUCAAAUGAUCCGAGAGGGUGGCACCAGGUCACUGUGGCGAGGGAACGGCAUCAACGUGCUGAAGAUUGCACCGGAAUCUGCCAUCAAGUUCAUGGCUUAUGAGCAGAUCAAGCGGUUCAUUGGUACUGACCAGGAGAUGCUGAGGAUUCACGAGCGACUGUUAGCUGGCUCUCUGGCUGGGGCCAUCGCACAGAGCAGCAUCUAUCCGAUGGAGGUUCUGAAAACACGGAUGGCUUUGAGGAAGACAGGACAGUAUUCAGGCAUGUUGGAUUGUGCCAAAAACAUCCUUUCCAAGGAAGGAAUGGCUGCCUUCUACAAAGGCUACAUUCCCAACAUGCUAGGAAUCAUUCCGUAUGCUGGUAUUGACCUGGCAGUGUAUGAGACACUGAAAAAUGCCUGGUUGCAACGCUAUGCUGUCAACAGUGCUGACCCCGGAGUCUUUGUCCUCUUGGCUUGUGGCACCAUAUCCAGUACCUGCGGGCAGCUUGCCAGUUACCCCCUGGCUCUUGUGAGGACACGCAUGCAGGCCCAAGCUUCUGUGGAGGGCGCUCCCGAGGUGACCAUGAGGGGACUGUUCAGACACAUUCUGAAGACCGAGGGAGCGUUUGGCCUUUACCGUGGGCUGGCCCCUAACUUCAUGAAGGUGAUCCCAGCCGUCAGCAUCAGCUACGUGGUUUAUGAGAACUUGAAGAUGACGCUGGGCGUGCAGUCACGGUGACCAGGAGAUGCCCAGGACUUGGAACUCUGAAACCUUGGGGCUCGAUCCCAAGACGUGCAGUCAUCUCUCAUUCUGUGAAUGUGUCGACACUAAGCUGACUAAGCAAAGCUGUGAAAUCUCUGAUAGUUUGUGAGUCGGGAAGGGGAGGGGAGGAUCUGGUGUCCUUUGCCACUGUGCUGCUCGAAGCUCUGCAGAAACCAUCACGUGGUCCUUUCUGUUGGGCCUCUGGGGAGGCUGGGAGCUGAGCUCCAGUCCCAGUCUUAAGGCAUUUGUUUGAGGUCAGUUCCCAGCAGUAUGGCAAAGUAGCAAAGAUUUGGGGAACAGUCUGCUUUCAGCAUAUUCGUGUACAGAGCUGUUUGCCUGCAGAUGAGCACCUUCUGACUUGCUGGAAGAGCUUCUUUUUCCAUUCAGUUGUUAACUUCCUACCUGUUGUUCAGAUUUGUACAAACCUUGUGGAGGAGCUGCUGCCACACCAGGCUUGUCAUUAUGUUUACAUAUAUUCCUUUGGGUAGGAGAUAUUCAUGUUCUGCUUCCAAGACUUGACAUGAAAAGUGAUUUUUUUGAACUGUUCUGAUUUUGAGGGCUGGUGGGCAGUGGUUUAUCCAGUCAGGCUGAAUGUUACUUAGGCCAGCCUGAUGAAGGAUUAGGAUUAUUUAUUUUUUAUAGAUUUAAGUGUGUCUCAUAAAUCCACUAACAAGAUGCACUUACUAACAGAAGCAGCAGCCUAGAGCCUGCAUGCCUGUAUCCUCUGCAUGCCAGACUGGCUUGUCUUAUACUCAGCAGGAGCUUGGAAAGGGGAAGGCUGGAGAGCCCUGGGUGGACUGGCACCUCGAUGCAUGGCUUCAAUGACUAAACAACUAUUCCACAGCUCCUGUGAGCCU